UCAGCUGAUCCGUCACUUUUGUCGAUGUCACCCUCUCCAGAAGCCUUCAGUCUGUCGUUGUACAACCAGAGAGUAGGUGACGUGUUUACUGGGUCCUCAGACUUACACAACUGACUACUUGGUCGCAUCUGACAUUCUUCCAGAAAUAUGAUAGCUGGGAUACCGGCUCCUGCUAUGGACGUAAAAGGGCAAUACCGCGACCCGACUCGGUCAUCGCACACUCUACUGUCAUAAUACGACAAAAUGACUACAGUAUAUUCCUCGAAAUACAAUGAAGACGACAAAGCUGAAGCCCUGGACAUUCUGGAGCAGAUUACUGACAAGAAAGUGGAUCGCAAAGUGGUCUUUGAUCGCUACACGCAGAUUAGUCAUCAGUACGAAAAAGCUAUGGUCGUUAUAAACUACAACGGUCCCAGGGAAACAGCUGCAACAGUGGCACAGCUGUUUCCAAGCAACAGAAACAAUGUCUGUAUGUUAGAUGUCGCGGCUGGCACAGGCCUCUGUGCGAUUGAGCUCAACAACUAUAAUUUCCUGGAACUAGAUGCGCUUGAUGCAUCAGAGGGAAUGUUAUUAGAAGCCAAAAAGAAGAAACUCUAUGGCCGCUACAUCAUUGACGUUUUAGGGGAAAACGCACUUGAUAUCAAUGACGAUACAUAUGAUGCAGUUAUCAUAUGUGGACUUAGUACUGACAUUAUGAGAAGACUACCCAUCCAAGCCUUUGAGACUCUCAUUAGGAUUGUUAAAAAAGGUGUGUGCAUGGCCUCGGCAUUCUUGACAACGAUUAUUAACGUUUCAAACGACAUACAACACUGUAAGCUGAAAAUAUUUUAUAAAAUACCAAAACGAAAAACAUCGCUUCAAUCCUUGAUUACAAAAUUUAUGUCACUUGACAUUCAUAUAGUAUGUCUCUCUACUCUUAUCAGUAUUCUAACUUAGUUUGAAUUAUCAUCUUGAAAUCAAUGUCGAAGCAGCGUUAGCUAGCCAUGAGACUUUUGAUGUACUUGAUAUUAGUUCGCUAUUGGCCUGAUUGUCCUUUCACAAGCCAUACUUGGUCAAAAUUCAUGAGUAUUUGUUUGAGUACUGCUUUUAGGAAAAAACAACAUAAUGACCAAUUGAUGUAUUUAAUGUUCUGUGCGUUGUUGUAACCUGAAACAGGGUAUUUAAUACAAUAGCUGGCUUGUCGUAAAUCGCCCCGAUUAUGGUGGUAGGAAAAAUUAGAGAACACAAUAUAUAGAAUGCUAUGACUAUAACCUUCGUUAUAAUCAUCUGAAACAGUUGAUGGGUGGCAUAGGUGGCCAGUCAUCUAAGGUGCGGCAAUUCGCUAAGCAGAGUUGCGUCGCUACGCCGUGCUCACCAAAUUGGUAAACAUAUACGAAAGGAGGUCUUAUACGACCUUUCCUCCCACAUUUAUAAAAUAUAACGCCCACAUGCCCCAAUGCACCUGAAUACUUUAAAUGUUCAACCCAUCCCCAUCAUGUAAUUUUAACUUCAAUAUGUAUCGAUUUUCAUCACAGCUAAAUGAACAUGCAGGUGUAAAAUUGAUUUUGAUUCAUGACUGAAUAUCAAUUUGGUAAUUGUCAUACAUUUUUUCAUCAUAUAAUUUAUUGUUUCGAUAGGUUCAGUUGAAAUAAUAUGAUUAUUGUUUCAAACAGGCGGAUACGUUGUCAAUACAGGCUUUUACACAACGUUUACUGACGGUCACACUGAAACUGAGGAUUUCAGAGGACGCAUGCGAACACUGGAAUCUCAGGGCAAGUGGAAGCAAGUGGAAGUCAGGCGGUUUCAUCAGUAUCUCCAAGGCCGCGAUGGGGCUGUUUCUGUUCAUAAGAUAUGUUAAACGAUGGGGCUGUUUCUGUUCGUAAGAUAUGUUAAUCGAAUACCACUGUUGCAUGAAUUUAUUUCUGACACAACAAGGUGUUCUGUCCUCAAACGGAUUUAUGGAAUUGGUUAAAUGCUGAAUUGAUCAAUUUUGUUUGUAAGGUAUCAACAAAUUGAUUACUUUUUGAUCGGAAUCUCCGUGUCCUCAAUAAUUUGUAUUAUUCGUGCUUUGUGGUGACUACAACAAAAGGAACAAAUUACAACAACAUGUAGAAUAUGAUGUUUGAAACAAAAUCCUUUUAUUAUUCUCUGUAGGAAAUGUCAAUGAACGUACUUCAUUCGUAGAUAAUACGACUUUAAAUGAGAAAUAUAUGAGUUAUAUGUUGUUGUGUGGUAUUGUGAGUGAGUGAGUGUGGUUUUACGCCGUUUUUAGCAAUAGUCCAGCAAUAAUACGGCGGGGAACACUGGAAAUGGGCUUCACACAAUGUACCCAUGAUGGGAAUCGAAACCGGGUCUACGGCGUGAAGAGCAAACGCUUUAGCCGCUAGGCUACCCGACCGCCCCUUGGGUAUGAUAUAAAAUGUAGCAGUAUCAGGAGGUGUACAUAUGGUUAUAUGCGUCCCGCGUUAGGUUUGAUGCCACGAGCCGGAGGUAUUAAACAUAACGAUGGACGCACAUAACCACGUUUCCUGGUUGAUACUGACACAACGAAUUUAUAACAUGUUUUCAUAUGACGUUGUAAAUAAAUUAAAACAUUUCAAAAUUGAAAGAAACAGCUGUUCGAUUGAGCUGAGGGUAACGUUUGCUAUGUCAAGUGACUUUCAUUGACUCGGGUCUGUUUGCUAAGAAGCGGGAUUUAACGGAUUUAUUCACCCUCUCAAAAAUCCACGUGCACCGUGUUCUGUUCGUGGCAGGGUAUAAGGGACUUAUUUUCCCACUGAUAAAUAUCUUUCCCUCCGAGGCGGGAUACAUAGUAUUCUAUGAAGACCACGUAAAUCAGUCAGAUCUGACAUGGAGAUAUUAUCAGUGUUUCAAUAUUACACGAUGGAAUUUCGGACGUUUGUACAAUUACAUGUAUAUUCAUUUGAAAAAAGGGAGAAUCCGAUAGGACUGAUUGACACGAGAUUAAGCAACACAAUGUUUUAUUGGAAGUUUCGAAGAAAGUGUUUGUAGAAUCAGCAUAUCACAAAAUGCAAACGCGGUGCAAUGCUCUGCUUUCGUUGUUGCCGGGGCACUGCAAUGGUCGUUUAUAAGUCAGUGGUAUGCUCUGUCAGCAAAUCAGCCAAUCGGAACCUUUCUAGUGUAUGUGAUAUUUAUGCAUAUUUUUGUUUCACGCACAUGAGUUCAGGCAAACCAAGUAUGUCUGCCAACAUUUCUGUUCUUUAUUUGUGAAUUUGAUUUACAAACUGUUGAAUAAAUAUGCAAAACUUC